AUGGGCAAGAGUUGUGAAUUAAAAUCAAAAAAGUCAAACACUGUAGCUCGAUUUAAAAAUCUAUAUAAUGGCCAUCAUCUGAACAACGUGAAACAAGAGCCACGCGACCUCUUCCCCGAGGAUACCCAUAGUGCGUCAAAGUCAUCCGCUAGUGACACUACCGAGGACCAGCUAUCAAUUCACUCGGAGAACGAUGGAUCUAGCGUGCAAAGCGGCAGUGUUGGUCGUAACCACGAGGCCCAGAUUGAUCCUGCGUUGUUUUCGACUGCUCGGGAUGUGGAAAAGAUUGAAGGUCAGAGAGAUCUUCCUGAAGAUCGCGACAUGAUUGCCUUGGAAUGUGUUGCAGAGCUAGAUGUCCGAAUGAAGAAUGUGGAAUCCUCCAUGAAUAACCAAGAAAGCUUGAAUGAAUUGGUCCGCGGCGAUUUGGCGAACAUCCUCAGUCGCUUGGCUAUUAUGGAGGAGAAAAUCAGCAAGGCUGACCCAGACGAGAGGCGGGCUUCGUCGGAAAAUCGUCAGACCGAGCGAAGACGGGUUUCGAGGCGAUGA